AAUGUCGAUGGAAGCACACAUUUUGGAGUUAAAAGAUUACAUUGGCUCGCAGUUGUGGUACACCGCACAUGUGGCUAAUCGAAUGAGGAAAAACAAUGAUAUUUAUCAUGACAAUGGAAUAAUAACAGAGACAAAAAGAUUUAUUAAUUAUAACGAGUGUGGAUUGAUAGCCAAUAAAUUCAUCUCAAUAUUUGCCAAUGACAAAGGCAUGGAUAUCCAAUUGAAAAUAAAAAUAUUCAACAAUGUUUUGAAUAAAAUUGAUGAUGAUAUUCAAGAUGACAUUAGACAGGAAUUAGUGUUGCUGUAUAAAAAUGUUAUCACCGGAAAUGAGUCAAUAAAAACGCCUCCAAAUUUAUCAAUGUCAACAUUGAAUUAUUUGGAAUUAAAAUUAUGUUAUUAUCCAGCACUUGUGCACUGGUUAAUAAGUGAGCUAUUGUGUAUUUGGUCAACGACAUUUAUCAAUACUGAUUCAUCACUUCAAGAUAUUUAUUUAAAUAUAUUUAAAAAAUCAAAUAUAUUAUUAUCUAAUGAAUCAUCAAUUGAUUAUAAUUUUAUAAAUAAUAUUAAUAAUGGUGUUUUAUUUUGUAUAUUAUCAAAAAUUGAGCUAACUGAAACCAAAGAAAAUGAAUUAUUAACAUGGAUUUGUCCAGUUUUAUUUAAAUAUGGUAAAUUUAAAGAUACAGAACUUGCAUUAUAUUCAAGAAAAAAUUUAAAAUAUUUUAAUAUAUGGCAUGAUUAUUUAAAUGGCAUUUGUGGUAGAAAAAUAAAACCAGAUAAUAUUGAUAAUGCAUUAAAAAUAAGUAAAUCAAUAUUCAAUGAUAAUAAAUUAAAUUCAAGUGAAAUAUUAAUAAGAAUAAAUAAAACAAAAACACAUUGGCUUGAUGAUAUAUUAGAUGUUUAUUUAAUGAUGACUAAAGAAAAUAAAAUCAAUGAAACAAAUAUGAUACUAUCAUGUCCAGUAUUGCCAGAUUUAUCAAUAAUACUUUUGCUCAAAUUAAUGAAUGAUUGCUCAAAUAUUGAUAUAUCUGUAUUAAAAUUAUUGCAUAAUUAUUGUAAAUUCAAUAAUUGCAAAGAUAAAACAAUAAUAAAAAUUGAUAAAAUUAUAAGCAAUCAAUUAGAAGCAUUAGAAUGGAUAAUUCAAUCAUCAAGUAAUAAAAAAAUAACAAUUAAAAAAGUUCUUCAUCAAUUACAAACAUCAACAGUAUUAUCUGUUUUAAAAAAAUUUGUUGAUUUAAAUGAUAAAGAUUAUGAUAAAAUUAAUAGUUUAAUAAUUGAUUGUAAUGAUUCAUCAAUUAUUUAUCAAUCAUAUUGUGCAAUGAUAUGUGCAUUUAAUGCAAUAUUACUUUGUGAAUCUUAUACAAUUGAAUUUGAAAAUAUUGCUGAACUUUAUAGACAAAUGGAAAAAUAUUUAAAUACAUUAUUACCACUUGAUAUGAGGCUGGAAAUAAUUGAAAAUAUAUUUACAAUGUUGUUUAUGAGACAUGAGGAUUUUAUUGAAAAUGAAAAUAUAUCAGAUUGUGGUGAUGAUGAUGAUGAUGAAGAUGAUAAUACCACUAACAAAAAAAAUGAAAAUACAUUAAAAUAUUCAACUGGUUUUAUUUGUAAUAAAUAUGCAAUUAGAGAAACAAUACAUUAUUUAAGUAGAUGUAUUUAUGUUGCAAAUAAUGACUUAAAUGAAAAUGAUAAUUAUGAUUUAAAUAAUCAAAGAAUAUUAACAUUAAAAAAUUAUUUAAAUGAAGCUAUUUGGCGACUUGAAUUAUUGACUAGUAAUGAAUUUUUUAAAAGACAAGGUCUUCCAAAUAAUGAGACACAAGUACCAAGAACACCAACGACAACAUCAUCAUCAUCAUCAUAUUUUGGUAAAAUAUUUUAUAAAUAUAAUGAUGAAUCUUCUGAUGAUGAUAAUAUAGAUGUUAAAUCAGAUAUUGAUAUGAGCUCUGAAAGUAGUUCAUUGAAUAAUAAUAAUAAAACAGAUAAUAUUACAAAUAAAAAAAGACGACAAUUGAAAAAAAUUAAUUUAACAAAUGAUAUUAAUGGAAAAGAUAUUAAGGACUUAAAAGAAUCAACAUUAAAUUAUAUGUUAGCAACAAAAGAAACACUUGUAUUACGUUGUCUUUGGAAAAAUAAUUAUGCUGAAGCACAAAAUAUUAUAAAGUUAUUUAAUAUGGAUAAUACAAGCUUGGCAGGAGAAAUUGAUUUUUCACGUGCAAUGCAAACAUUCAGACUAAAUAUUAAUAAACAAUUGACAAUAACAAAUUUGUCAAAUUCACAAACUAAAACACAAACAAGACGUUCGACAAUUGAAAUGAUUAGAAAAGCAGCAAAAGAUGGUAUGGAAGCAUCAAGAACAACAAAUCAAGUUGAAACAUUUUUAGCAUCACAAGAAUCAAAUAUAAAUCUUUGUUCUGAUAAAAAAAAUUUAAAAGAAUUAAUGACAUUAACAAGUAUUGAUUUAGCAUUAACAAUAUCAAGAGAUUAUUCAACAACAGAUAAUUUAUUUGAAGUUGCUAUGAAAUAUUUAAAUUCUUGUGAUUAUUUAAAAAAUUCAACAUAUUAUGAAUUUUUUCAAUUAAUUUAUCAAUUACAUUAUGAAAAUAAAGAUAAAUUAUUGAUUAAUGAUAUUAUUUGUGAUUCAAAAAUACCAUUAUCAAUUAAAGAAUUAAAAGAUAAAAAUAAAUAUUGGCAAGAGCUCAGUGAUAAACUUAAAUUAUUUGAAAAUAAUACAAAAAUUAUUGAUUCAAUUGACAAUGAUAAUUGCAAAAAACAACUUGAUGAUAUUUUAAUAAUUUGCAAUAAUGAUGAGCCAUAUUUGGCAAGAUUAAUUGAACAUUUAAAUAUACUACGUACAUUAUCACCAAAAUUAAAUAAUGAAACAGAUAAAAAUAAUAAACCAAAUAAUUCAUUGCUUAAAAAUUCAUUAGAUUUUUAUAUUGGACAUCAAAUAUUUAAUUUAAAUGUUGAUCUUGAAGAAUUGGAAAUUAUAGCAAAUAAAUUACAAGUUAAUCUUGUUCAUAGUAUUCUUGUUAAUUGUUGUCCAAAAUUAAUAUGUCAAAAUGAUGCCAAUAAUAAUGAUAAUAAAAAUAAUAAAAAAUGGGGAAUUAUUAUUUUAAAUAAAAUUGAAAAAAAUGAAAAAUUAAAUGAAUAUAAUUUUGAUGAUCCAAAUCAGUGUGUUAUUGAUAUACUCGAUGAAUUAUUAAAAUUUCUACGUAACUAUUUUAACAAUAAAUCAAUAAUACAUUAUUCUGAGUUAAAUAAAUUAUCAAAAAAUAUUAAUAUUAUUGAUAUUUUAAAGAAAACAAAACGUUUAGAAAAUCUUGAUUUAAGUGAUUUAUCAUUUGGCAAUCAUACACUUGCAUUUUUUUUAAAUGUAUGGAAUUUAUUGAUGCUUCAUACAAUGAUUAAAAUAUGGUCAUUUGAACCAUUAGAAAAUAAAUUAAGACAUGUUAUUUCAACACAAACAAUUGGAUAUAAAAUUGGUGAUUUAGGAUUAGUAACAUUAUCAAGUUUGAGAAUUAAACUUUUAGGUAAAGAUAUUUGUAAUAGUGAAUUUUGGUUUGAUAGCUAUGGUGAUGAGCUAAAUGAACCAGCAUGGCAAGAUUUAGAUUUACAAUACGACAAACGUAUUAUAUUUUCAAUGUUAAAUGAAUAUAAAAAAUCACCAAUUGUAAAUAUUUAUUAUCCUGAGACACUUAAUGAAACACUUAAUUCUUCAUUUCAUAAUUAUAUAAAUUUUUAUAAUGAAAAUAAUAAUGAUGAAGAAGAAAAUAUAUUAACACUGCCAAUAUUUUUAUCAUCUAGUGAAACAUUAAUAAAACAAUAUUAUACAAAUAUAAUUGUAAAAUUUGAAUCAAUUAAUUAUUCUUGUGGUAUUAAGCUUAAUUAUAUUGAUGAAAAUAAUAAUGAAGUAAAUCAAAUGGAUAAUAAAUUUGAUAAUGAAAAUACAAUAACAUGGAAAAAUAAAAAUAUAAAUUCAAAACUAUUACAAUAUCUUGAUAGACACUGUUGGUUAUUAUCAUAUCUUGUUCAAAAAAUUCACAAUAAUUUACCAUCAAUUGAAAAUAAAAAUAAUGAUAAACGUCGUACAUCAGUUAUUGAUAAAUUAUUUAAUUCAGCAUGGAAUAAAUAUUUAAAAAUAUUAUUUAAUGAUAAUUCAAUAAUAACAAGUUUACAAAAAUAUAUAUCAAUAAAUGAUUUAUGGUAUUGUUUUGAAAAUUAUUUAAAUGAUAAAAAAUAUUUAAAAUGUCUUGAUUUAAUAAAUUCUCUAUUUGAUUCAUAUUUAUUAAAUAACAUUGAAAUACAAAAAUUUCAUGAUAAAUUAUUAACACAAAUUAUUAUUAAUUUAAAUAAUAAUAGCACAGAUAUACUUGUUUAUUUAUAUCAAAUACAUGAUGAAUAUAUAUUGACACAAUUAAUAUUUAAAAAAAUUAAAGAAUGGCCAGUACGUAUUUGUGAGGAUGCACUUCGUCAUGUAUUAAGUCAUAAAAAUAAAUUAAACAUACCAAAUCAUUGUUUAAAUGAAAUGAGUGAAUUAUUAUGUCGUGUUAUGGUAUUUGAUAAAAUAUUACCAUAUUGUAAAAUAGAUAAUCAUGAUGAUAACAAUGAUGAUAAUAAUGAUGUUAUUAUGAAUAAUAAAAAUUGGUAUAAUAUUGUUUAUAAAACUGAAAAAACAGAUCCAAUGCGUAUUGUUAAAUCAUUAAUUGAUGCAAAACAAUAUGAACUUUGUCUUGAAUGGCUUGAAUAUCAAACAAUUACAAUUGAAGCAUUAUCAUUAGUAUCAUGUGAUUUAUUAAUUGGUUUAUUAAAAAAUGAAAAAGAUAAUUUUAAACAAGCUCAAAAAUUAUUAUGUGCCUUGCCAAAUGGACAAUCAAUUAAAUUUUGUAAUAAUGUUAUUGAUAAAUUAGAAUCAAUGAAUGCAUUAAGAUUUAUAAUAACAUAUUUAAUUGAUAAUACACCUGAUAAUGAUAUAUAUAAAAAAUGUUUAAUUGGUGUUGAUAUACUUGAUAAAAUUGAUAAUACAGAACGUAAAAAUUAUAUACAUAUUAUUAAUGAGCCAAUAUUAAUGCUUGAACAAUUAUUAAUGAAUUGUAAAUUUGAUUAUUUACAUGUAUUAUUAAUACCAACAAUUGAUAAAUUAAAAUUAUCUGGUUUUUCAACAAUUGAAAAAUUUGAUGAAAUUAUUAGAUUUUAUGCUAAAAAAUCACUUGAUUUACGUGUUACAACACAACAACAACAACAACAACGUGAUGGUAAUCAUAUUGAUGCUAGUAUUAAACGUGAUAUAAUGAUAAAUCAAACAAAUGAAUUUAUAAUGCCAAUAAAUAUACCAACACGUGAUGAAUGGAUACCAAAUGAUAAAUCACGUGAAUGUAGUUGUUGUAAAAUUGUUAUAUUUUCAAUGUUUAAUCGUCGUCAUCAUUGUCGUAGAUGUGGUAGAGUUGUUUGUGCAACUUGUUCAAAUCAACGUAUGCGUUUAUUAAAUUAUAAUACAUCUGUUUAUGUACGUGUAUGUAUUGAUUGUAAACGUCAAACAGCAAUACAACAACAAUCACAACAACAACAAGCAUCACAACAAUCACAACAAACAUCAAUAAUAAGUAGUGAUAAUUUUGAUUAUUGGAAAUUAAGUUAUGAUGAAACAAAUAAUAAAAUAAUUAGAGAAGAAUUUUGUUUUGAAUAUUCACCAAAUAUAUCAUUAUGUUUGGCAAUAUUAAAUUUACAUUCUGAUCAUGAAUCAUAUGCUAAUUUUCUUCAAGAUUGUUGUGAUGAAAUGAAAUGUUUAUUACAUCCUGAUAGUACUGGUAAAAUAAAUCCUGAAGUUGAUCAUAUGUUAAUUAUUAAAAUGAUUAAAUCAUUACUUGUUGCUGCAAAAGUAAAAUAUUCAAUACUUGGUCUUAAUACUGGUUUAGCACAUUGUGAUCGUUUUUUAUCACAAGUUGAUUUAAUAUCAACACUUGUUGAAUCUGAUUGUUUAUCAUUAAUACCACGUGAUGAUAUUGAUGAUCAUGUAUUAAGAAGAUUACGUGAUUUAUUAACUGAAAAAGAACAAUGGUCACUUGCAUUAGAUGUUAGUACAAAAUCUGGUUUAGAUACACAAUGUGUAUGGGCUGCUUGGGGUAAAGCAAGUCUUAAAGUUGGAUAUUAUGAUAUUGCACGUGAUAAAUUUUCACGUUGUUUAGAUAAAAUACAACAAGAUAUUAAUAUUGAUGAUUGGGUUAUAUUAUCAUGUCCAAAAGAUAAUAUUAAUUAUAAAAAAAUUAAUAAUAAUUGUAAUAAUAAUGAUGAUAAUGAUAUUAAUAAAUCAAAAUCAUUAAAAAAUCGUCCAAAUAAAGAUCCACCAUUGCUCAUUGAAAUUUUACAAAUAUUAGAAAUGUUAAAUUCAAAUGAACAAUAUACUAAAAAUCAUCAACAACAAAAAACAACAUCAUCAUCAUCAUCAACAACAGCUCAAGAAAUAAUAAAUAAUUUAAGCAAUAUUAAAGCAAUAUGUCAUGGUAAUUAUACAAUUCAAAAAUUAAAUACAAAUUUAAAAAAUCAACGUUAUCAAGAAAGUUUAUAUUAUUUAUUAAUGUAUGGAAGUUUUAAUUCAAUACUUGAAUUUUUUAUAAAAUAUGAAGAAUAUGAUAAAUGUUUAUCAUAUAUUAUUGAAAAUGAUAUUGAUAAUGAAAUUUUUUUUAAUUCAGUAUUUAUGAAUUGUUUAAAAAAUGGUAAAAUAACAUAUUUAUUUGAUAAUAUGAAAAAAAAAGAUGAUACAUUAUUAUUAUGGAAAAAAUAUUUAAUAUUUAUAUGUCAUUGUUUAGAUAAAAAACAAAUGUAUCAUACAUUAUAUCAAUUACAAUUAUUUAUGAAAGAUUAUAUUAGAUCAGCAAUGACAUGUAUACGUUUUUAUGUAACAGAUGCUAAUAAUUAUAUUGAUAUUUGUACAAGAACACAUUAUUUAAAUGAUGCACAAUUACAUUUAGAAACUGAAUUACAUAUGAAUACAUUUUGUAAAAAAAGACGUAAAAGUACAACAUCAAAUUCAAGUAUUAAUAAUAAUAAUAAUAGUUUAACAAUGGAAAUGGAACCAUCAGAAAUUGAUAAACAUAUUAAUACAAUAUCACGACAAAUGGAAAUUGCAAAAUUUCUUAGUUCAUGUGAAAAAGAAGGUAGAUCUGUUGGUGAUUAUUUAAGUAAAUUAUCAUUUAUGGAAUGUGAAGGUUUACAACCACGUAGUGUACCAACAUUAUUUGGUAAUCAACAAGAAAGAACACAUUUAGCUGUAUUAUCAAUAUUAUGUGGACGUAAUGUUGAAGAAGGUUUUGGUAUUGCAUUUCGUAUUAUGCAAGAUUAUUGUUUACGUUCACAAAAAGUAUAUUCACUUGUUGGUCAUAUAUUAGCUAUGGAAAAACGUAUAACAUCAAUUGAACAAUUAAUUAAAUGUUGUAGAAGUUCAGGUGCACCAAAUUCCAUUGAAAUAUCAGAUUAUGUACUUGCACAUUGUGUUAAAUUAUUACUUGAUAAAACAAUUAAUGAUAAUAAUAAUAAUGGACAAUAUAAAAUUGAUGAAAUUGAUAAUCUUAUUAGAAUAAUAAUUGAUGUUGAAUUAAAAAUAUCAUCAUAUAUUGAAAGUCGUCAAUUAAAAGCAGCAUAUUUACUUGCUGUUAAAUAUUCAAGAAAUAAAGAUAUUAAAAAAAUACUUCGUGAAGCUGAUAGACUUGGACAACAUGCCAUUAUGUCUAUUUGCAAUAAAUGGCUUAAACAAAACCAAAAGAACUGAUUUUUUUUUUUGUCUCAAAAGGGGUGUUAUUAAAUAAUAAUAUAAUUCCUUUUUUAAAUUUUUAAUUGCAUUUUUAAUUGUAGUAUAUUUUUACAAGGAAAAAAAAAAAAAAAUACAACUGCCUAAAUACAUUUUUUUUUUUUAUUUUCUACUGAAAAUAAUUUUUACUGUUAUAAAUAAAAUAGGGGAAAAAAAAAAAUUCGAAAAUUCGAAAAGAAAAAUAUUAUUUCAUCGAAUUGAUUAAUUUUUUUUUUUACGUUAUAUAAACUGUGAUAUGUAAACAAAAUAUUAAUAUAAUAAUUAUGUCUGUAUAUUGUAUAAAAUAUAUAUAUGUAUUAUAUACUUAAAAUGCUAAUUUAAAAAAAGUGUACUGUUUUAUUUUUUUUUGCCAAUAAUAGUGUUUUGAUUGAUUUAGAAAAAAAGAUUGAUACUAAAAAAUUAGCUUAUUGUUUUUUUAUAUUAUUGGCAAAUAAUAAUAAUUAUUAUAAAAUUGUGUGUUAUAUAUAUUUUGAGCGAUUAAGUCUGCUAAAUUAUUUACACAUGAAAUGAUGAUUUUGUAUUGUGUAUUUGAUGGAAUGUUAAUUUUUAAUUUAGUCAAAAAAUGCAGACUAGAUGUAGCAAUGAUGAUUAUAUUUGAAAAGAAAAUAACGGUAAAUAAAAUAUUUAAUUAUCAUCGUUGUCA